GUGUCUGCGGAGGUGGUGGGCGGCGGACUAUGUCUGGUCGGGUUAGAGGCCGUGACAAGGGUCAUAGUGACGUAAUUUUUAAUCCGGAGGACGCAACUGCAAUACCCACGUGACUGCUGAGACGCGUCACAUGACUGGUUGUGUUGGUCACAUGAUAUGAACGUAACCCUAGCGGUCUCGUCGGUAUUUCAGCCAUGGCCGGCUACCUGGGGAUGUACGGGGAGCCGAGCGACUUAACCCGGCAGCAGGAGCGGCACUACCACUUCCUGUCAGAGCUGCAGAGCCUCGUCAAGGACUUACCCAGCUCCGUUCAGCAGCGCUUGUCUUACACCACUCUGAGUGACUUGGCCCUAGCACUCAUUGAUGGCACCGUCUUUGAGAUUGUACAAGGCUUGUUGGAGAUCCAGCAUUUGACAGAAAAGAAUCUAUACAGCCAGCGAGUAAAGCUACAUGCAGAGCACAGAGCAUUGAAACAGGAUCUCCUGAAGAAGCAUAAAGAGGCUCAGCAGUCAUGUAAAGCACACAAUCUACCUAUACUGCGAUCUUCUCAGCAGAAAGAGCUUGAGGCUCUAGAACAUAGAAUUCGAGAGGAACAACGAAUGAUGGAUGAAAAGAUAGUUCUAGAAUUAGACCAAAAAGUUAUAGACCAGCAAAGUACUUUAGAAAAAGCUGGUGUGUCUGGUUUCUUUGUUACAACUAACCCUCAGGAGCUAACUUUACAGAUGAAUUUACUGGAACUAAUUCGGAAACUUCAGCAGAAGGAGUGUCCUUCAACAAGCAAAGCAUAUUCCUAAUUUCUGGCGUGAUGUGGACAAUUUAUUUUCCGUAGGUCACAAAUGACCGUAGGAGUCAACAGUAUUAAUGACUAUUACAGCGCUGUUAUUUCUUAUGUCAGGGGCUGUCCCAGCAUGCUGGGAGUUGUAGUUUUGCAACAUCUUUCAAAGUUUGGAGACCACUGCCUUUCAUUCUUUUUUACAGUUUAAGGCUGGGUAAAACGCUUAGCCUCUUGGUGUAACUGUACAGGUAUAUUCCCAUAAUAUGGAUUUGUUGCAGACAUUUCUGAGUGUCCCGUUUUAUGUAUAUGGCGGAUUUAAGAAAUUAAUGUGCAUUCCACCAAAACAACCUGAUUCUGAUAAAUGGAGAGAUUAUUCAGUCUUAAAGGAGAACUCCAGCCAAAACUAAAUUGUUCCCCAUCCACAGGAUAGGAUAUAAGUAGGUGAUCCGAAUGCUGGGACACCCCAACCCCCCCACCCCGUGAUCUCCAGAACUGGUCCCUGGCUACUGGUAGGCAGCAUGCUUCCGUUAAUUUCUAUGGGAGUGCAGCACUCGGGCAUAGUUAGUUUUGGCUGGAGUUCUCCUUUAAAUGCCUACAGAAAAUCUGCUGCUUGUAAAUAUACCACAAGGUUUGUAGAGGUUCAGGAAUUUAGAAAGCUUUCCCCCCCCCCCGUUUGCCC